AUGAGAAUUUUCUGCUUUAUAGUUUGCUUUCUGGGAUUGAUUUCAAUUAUUUUUGUGAAUAUAAGCAAGGCGCAACAGGUGUGUCAUGAAUAGACACCCUCAUUUCUAUGUGUAGCCAAUAAACACUGCGCCUACAUUUAAAAGUUUACCCCUGAAAGCUAUUGGCUAGAUUUGGUUCCUUUUAUGGCUUAAAGCAAAUGUGUUUAUAGAGAUAACCUUAGACAUUAUUUGUAUAAAGGCAUUGAGAAAUCUAUCGAUCUUGUUAAUGCAGGAGUAUCUUAAGUUUUAUCCCUAGAAGAUGAUGAAGAAAUGGAUUAAGGCUAUAGAUUAUUGAAUAGUAAGAAAGAUAAGAAGAUACUAAAGGACUUGAAAUACUUCUAUGAUGAUGAGAUAGCUCUAGGAAUAACAAGGUACGAACUUGGACUUUGGCUUAUUGUUAUCGGCUUCUUUUUCUUGAGAAAAUAUCUCGAAACUUGUGGGAAUAGGAAGACUAUGUUUGAUUUUAUGAAAACUCAAGACUAGGGUAAAGGAUAAUACAUCAGUGAAGCUGAGAGAUAGCAACAGUUGCAAGCUAAGAAAGAUAGCUUAUUUAUAAAAAAUGAGAAGGGGUAGCUGGUUGAAUUAACCAAGGAAUAAGUAAGAUUGUUGAGAGAGCAGAUCCUGAAGGCGAAAAAAGAGGAUAGCAAAAAAGAAAGCAGCAGGUUGGAAGAAGUCAAACCAGCUACACUCUAAUUUGAAAACCAAGAGGAAUUUCUCAAGUUCAUCUAGCAAACAAUGUAAAAAGAGGGGAAGAUUAUGAUUAAUGGAAACUAUGUGGAGUUAAAUACUACACCUCAAAUUGAAGGUAACGCAGAGCAGAUCACUACUGAUCAGAUAUAAUCAGAUAGUUCACAAUUGGCUACAAAUUCCUAAUAGCCUCAGUCGACAACAAAGCUACUUGAAAUUACUAAAUUAAAUUCGAUGAUUACUGAAUCUUCUGCUUAAAAAAUUGAAGAAAAUUCAAAAUAAUAAUUAGAAUAAUAGAUUUCUGACGAAUAGCUAAUUGCAGAUUUAGAACCUCCAAAAAUCUAAAAUGCAAUGUCAAGCUUUAAGGGUGUCAACUUUGGUAUGAUAGAUGCUUUGUUUAGCAUGCAGUCUAAUUAGAACGAUCCUCUUUUCAUUUUAGAUGAUCUCGAGAUUGCUGGAUUCGAGGAUACCUAGUAGACAUUAAGCAGUCCAGUCAAAUUACUAAAUCAGUAUGACUCAUAAAUGAGAGUUAAAGUAGAGAUGUCUUCUCUCCAGUAAUCAAGGGAAAUUCCAUCAAAUACAGCAACUUAAGAUCCUAAUGAGAAUACUAAUAUUGUGUAGAAGAGAAAUGGAAAGUAGGGAUAGGAUGAAGACAAGAAUAAUAAUAAACACGACUCUAAAAAUCAACCAAUUUUGAAAAGACAUCAUACCUAGGAGAUCUCUCAUAGUCUAUUUAUCGUUUCUCAAGGAUUUAACAGAUGCAGAAAUAGCAUCUAGAAUGCCAAUAAAGUAGAGUCUCAAUAGCAAUAGAUCGCUGUACUUAGGUCUCAAUUGUAAGAGAAAACUGAUGAAGCAUUGAAAUUAAAGGAUACUUUGCAAAGAAUCAGUCAACAGUUAGCCAAGAUCUACUCAUCCCCUUAACUGUUAUCUAAAUACAUUGAAGAAAAAGAUUUACUUGAAAUGCUUUCACAAGGCUUUUUAUCCUAGGCUAAGCUACAUCUUGCGUUUUUAUUCUCCUCUCCACUGAUAAUCAAAUACAAAGAUGACAGCAGUGGUGAAUUGAAACAGCAAACUAUUCAAUAGAUAGAUCACAAUAGGGAGUUCAAUGGUGUGAUUGAAAGUUUGAAGAGUACUGGUAAUUAAAUAAGAUAUAGGAAAAUACCAGCUACACUAGACAAUCUCAGAGUAUCUUUGACUGAAAAUCCUAUUGCACUUCAUUUCUCUGGCCAUGGAAUCGAAAAUAACAAGGAAAACUUUGGAAAGGAUAGUAAAGCUCUCAAGGAUGAAGGGAAUUUUCUGAUAUUUGAGGAUAAUGAGGGCUGUGCUUAAUUUAUGAGCGAGAAGAAGCUGUUUGAGCUAUUAGAACACAGUGGCACUAAGCUUGAGUUCGUCUUUGUAGCCUCAUGUUAUAGUUAAUUUGCAGGAGAAAUUUUCCAUAAUGCUGGUGCCAAGCAUGUCAUAUGUGUGAGGAAAGGAUUCUAAAUUUCAGAUGAAGCAGCAAUAGCUUUUAGCAAAAAUUUCUAUCAUGCUUUAUUCAGUCAGACAGUUUCAGUAUGUCAAGCUUUUGAACUUGCAAAAGCCGCAAUGAGAGCAGAGAAAAAUAAAAAGAUUGCAGAAGAAUCGAGGAAAUUUAUAAUAAUUAAGGAUAUUGAUGAAAUUGCAAAUAGACAUAGCAAUCAAAAUCAACACAAUCAAGGAAUCACCUUAUAAGAUUUUCCAGAUUAAAUAAUGAAACCGAAGAUACAUAAAUGCACAACUUUCGGUCCAUUUAUGAAAGGACAAGUUUAAAAUGUGGGUUAAGAGCCACUGUUUAAAUUGGAAACAUCAAAGGUAGAAGAUUUCGUUGGGAGAAGAAGUGAAAUGCAUGAAAUCAUAAUGGAUGUAAUUGAGAACAGAUUUGUGACGAUUAAAGGAAUGCCUGGAAUCGGUAAAACAACUAUAGCGAAAGCAAUUAUUCACUUCUUAGAUGAGAGAUAAUUAUUCAGAGAUGGUAUAAUCCUUUUAAGUUUGAGAGGAUUAGAUCAAGCUAAUAUGAUUCUAACCAGAUUGUAACUUAUAAUAAAUAAGCAUCUUCCACCUCAAGAAAAAGACGAUAAAGCAAUAGAAAAUUUUUCCUAAAUUUAAGAGAGGAUUAUCUAAUUUAUGAAGGACAAAGAAAUUCUCCUUGUUUUAGACAAUGCCGAAGAUACACUGCGUAAAGAGGGAAAUCAGUUUCGUGAGAUUUUAUAACAUUUGCUUGUAUGCUGUCCAUAAUUAAGAUUGCUAUUGACAUCUAGAUAUCCGAUAGGAUAAUUAGCAGAUAUUUCGGAGAAAAUUUACACACUCAAAGAGCUAAAAUCUUAAUUUGCAAUAGAACUCUUAAUGAAAAAAGCUAUGAGACCUAUUAAAGAAAAUGAGAUAGAAGAUUUAUUAUCUAAUCCAAAUUCUGGGGUGGUCUUUAAUUCUAAUCCAGUUUAGUAAAAGAAAAAUAUAACAAGGUUAGAUGAGCAUCAUAUUUGCACUCUGCUAGGAGGUCAUCCUCAUGCCAUUAGUUUAGCUGCUCCUUUAUUGCAAGAUAAGAGCUUGAAAGAGCUUUACGCACUUUUAAACAGUCGUGAGAUCAUUGAAUGGCUUCAAAUAGAAGGUAUAGAAGGUCCACUAGCUUCGUUAAAGGUUUCUCUGGAUACAAGUAUCAAACAUAUGACAGACUCAGAGCCAAUGGCAAUAAAACUCUUCUGUUUGAUUGGUCUAUUCCCAGGCGGAUGUACUGACGAGGACCUCAAUUAUUUAUGGAGAGAUGGUUGGAUGAAACUCGCAGAAAAACUACUUAGAGCAUCAUUACUUGUCAAAAAAAGUGGUUCAAAUGGUGAGAUCAGAUACACUUUAUUUCCUUUUAUGAAUCAGUAUGCAGUGUAGCUAAUGGAUGAAGAAACUAAAGCAUUAGAACAUAAUAAAGCUUGCAACUAUCUGGCAAAAAUAUGUAAAGAUUUACUGAGGAUGACAACUCAAGAAAUAGUAAACAGACUAGUCUCUCUUGAGACGAAUAUUUGGGCUUGCAUAUACAGAAUCAUUGAUAAAACUACUAUCACUAAUUCUGAAUACUCUAAUAGAGGUAAAUCUCCUGCUUCAACAUUAAGAGAAUCUAAUUUGAAAUUCAGCGCGAUUGAUGGCAAAAGUUAAUACUCUAGUCAAGGUGAAAGUAGUGAUAUUAAUAUUGAUCCUUCGCAAGAUGAUUACUACGAGACUUUCCUUUAUCAAAGAAAAAACGACAGUAGAUCAAAGAGCGAAAAGCAUUCUAACAAAAGGAGUCUAUUUAGUGAAAAUCAAAAUAACCAAUCUCAAAUUCAAAAUGAGGAAGUUGAUGAUGAUGAGGAGGAAACAAAAACUCAAAAAAGCUCGGUAAAUCAAUGCUUUACAGCUGAUGGAGUUUAAGUUACUAGUGAGGAAGAGGGAUCCAAUGAGAAAGGAACCAAUGAUGAUGAAGAAAGGGGAAAUGAAAUUUAGGAUCCCUAGAGCCAAAUUGUUAAGAAAAAAUUCAAUCAACCUUCAUCACUAAUGGAAAGUCAAAUAGAUGAAGAUAAUAGUCAUUUUAAAACAUCGAAGAAGUAGAAGAAAAAAAGCUAGAAGUUAGUUUAAAGCUCUAAAUAGCAAGAAGAUGAGAAUGAAAAUGUUUACCCGACUUAAUAAAUUGCAAUUUAGCUAUCAGACGAUCAGGUAUCUUUAUUUUUGAGUAGCCACUCUUAAAAUAAUAAAAUUAAGAAGAAACUCAAGAUCAUAACUAGUGAUUUAAAUAAGCCAGAAAAGAGUGACAAUGGCUCAUUAGAAGAGGAAUUUAAGAGCUAAAAUACGCCAAUUAAUUUCGCAAAUGACAAUGAGUCUGUUGGUCUAAAUAGGUCAAAUUCCAAUGAAUUUUAAAUUGGAAAUAAUGCUCUUACCCCCAUAAGUUCGUAAAACUAUGACUGGACAUAAAGCACAAUAUCUCAAUAUAAAAAUCUAAGCAAGAGCUUAAUAAACCCGGAAUUAAGCUAUCAGAGAUUGCCAAACUAUGCUCACUCCCAUGUUCAUAGUCUUGAUAACAUCGAUGAAACGUUUGAUGAAGAUUGCUCCUAAUUACUGACAGAAAAUGAUAGAAAAGAUGUGCAAGGAUAUGACAAUGAACAAGAAACUUCCGAGAGCAAAGUUCAAGAAAACAUGUUUGGGUAGUUUAAACAUGAAUUAGCUUUAAAUGAUGGAAGCUCGUCAGAUAAUAAAUAACCAAUACUCCUGAAAAGAUUAUCCUCAAAAAAAUACUAAGAAGAUAAGUUUUAGCCAUCUAAAUAUCUUAAUAUUCCUACUCUUGUUAAAGAGGAUCCUUAAUCUGAUUAAAAUGAGCUAGGCUCUUGUAUAGAUGAAAAGACUUAGAAUGAUCAUGAAUCUGAAUAAUAGCAAGUUAUUAAGACCAAGAAACCAAACAACAAAAGAGUUACUAUUCAAGAGAGCCACAAUUAAAGUAUUAAUGAUCCAAGAAGUAUUAUUAAAGGAAGUAUUAACAAUCAUAGCAGCAACAAUCAAUAAAAUCAAAUUCAAAUAAGUAAUCAUAAUAUAUCAGUUGUAAAUCUGACUCCUGAUGGCUCAUUACUUGUGUACUAUAUCACUGAUUUAGUCAUUUUGAGAAAGUAUGACGAAGCUUUAAAAGCAAUUGAGAUUUUUGCUCUUAAGUUCACCUAGGAUAAUCUAUGUAUUGCAAAUUUACUUAAGAUUUAGGCUUUUGUUUUAAGUGAGACCAGCAAUGAUUAUAAACUUGUGACCUAGAAAUAUGAAGAUUCUAACAAGAUAUUUUUGAAUUUGAGAUUAGCUCAUGGAUAAGGCUUGUGCCAAUUAGCUAUUGGAUUUUUGAUGUAUUAAAGACCUAAUAGGUUUAUCAAUAAAAAGAUGAACGAAAGUAAAGUAUUUGAUAAAGCAAUGAAAAAGUUAGAAGAUGCUCUUGCCUUAUACAGCAAAGUCAAUCACUGUUUUGGUGAAGCUUUCUGCCAUAAGAUAUUGACAUUUAUAAAAAAGAAGUUAGGAGUAAAUUUCAUUGACCAUUAGAGAAAAUAUAAGAAUACCAUGCUAAGGGGUAAAGAGAUCUAAGAAGAAAAAAGAACUACAUUUAUAUACCUGAAUAAUUCAAGCUAACAAGAAUCACUCUUUCUUGAGGUUAUUCAAUAAAACUAUGAUAAUUCUUACUCUGAAUAAAAAAUUGGUGGGAUAAACCUAAAAAAUACCUUGAAAGACAAAGACACUACUAACCUUAGCACAAGUGCAAAAAGGAGCAAGAAUUCUGCAUAAAUAUCUAAGAAUGAGGAGAUAAAGCAAUAGGCUAACAUUCAAAAUGUUAAGAAAAUACAAUAAUUAUCAACGUUCGUUCAUAAUAUAAAAGCGAAUGAGAGGGAGAAGGAAAAGAGUAAAGAAAAGCAAUCAACUGCUAGAAGAAGUAAAGAUAAAGACAAGGAUAUAAUGCAAAAGCUUGAUAUUGAGUUUGAUUAACUGAAAUUAUAAUUGGACAGAUCAAAGCAAGAAAACAAUUUUGAUGCCGAAGAAGCUAAAGACACUGUAUCCUUUACUAGCAACUUUUAAAAGCCAAUACUAUCUAAAAACCCUGCAAGAGUGAAAAGAGAAGCCCCUAAAACAGCAAAAUUCCUUCCCUAAUCUUAGACUAAUUCUCUUAAUUAAUCAGUGGUAUCCCAAAAUAAACUAGGCCCAACAAAAUCAAAUGAGUAAGCAAUCAGCAUGGGAAAACCUGAAUCUUCAUCUCAAAUUCAAAAUUACUUAUCAGAUAAUGAAUCUUUUCAGACUUAGCAUAAAUAAUCUUAAAAAGAAGAUAAAAAGACUACAGUAUCACUAAAGGAAUAGGCAAUCUAAUAAAUCAAUAAGUACAAAAUUAGUAAGAAUGAGUAAAUAGAAAAAGCCAAAAAUACAUCACAAAGCUCUUACUUCAUUUAGCCUAAGAAUUCAAUUCAUUUAGAAGAUAGAUAAAGUCAUUAAUAUAGUCUUAAAUAAGCAGGCAGAAAUAAUACUCUCCAAGGUAAUAGUUCUCUGUUCCAUAGUUAAGAUAAUUCCUAACAGCCUAGUAAUACAUUGAAAAGAGCUACAUAAAAGAAAAAGGGUAAUGAGCUUUUCAAUAGCACAAUGGCCUUGAACUAGAAGAUAUAAAAGAAUCCACUCUUUAAUUCUGAUGUAUUCUUUGAGCCAUGUACUGAGACUGUUUACUCUGAUGAAAAUAGCGAUCAUGAAAGUACAACCUAAAACAGAUAUAGUCUUCUAUCUAAUGCCCCUAGCACACUUAAUAGCAAUCCUAGUUAAAAAUCUUAACUAAAUGUAUUUGGCAGAUUAACUGAGAGGCCCAGUAUUUAAGCUAGCAAUCAACUUACAAAUUCUAUCUCGAACUUACAUUCAACAAACGAAGGUAAAUAGAAGUAAAAGAGAGCAUCUUUCAGAAAAGUAUAAAAUUCAUCUGAUACCUCAAAUAACCCUGUUCCCUCUACCACCUCUAAAAAGCAGCAUUAAAUCUAAACUUAAAAUGAUAGUGGAAGAGUUUCAGUGAUUGAUCAAACUAGACAUAACAGUCCAAGCAUCUAGUAGAAAAAGAUGGUGGCAAAUGGAAACAAUUCAUCAUCAUAGACUUAAUUAAAUAUUGGCUCGAGCACCACACAAUAAGUUAUCAAAAAUCAAUUUAUGGAAUUCAGUGUCACCACUACGACAACUGUAAAAAUUGAAGGUAAGAUUCCUCAAGUUAUGGUGGAGCAUCAACCAGAAAUUAUAAUAGAGGAAGUAGAUAGGCAAGAAUGA